UAGUGGCAGUACGCGGGGGAGGCGCUUGUGGCGUGAUGUGCCUGAACGAGGGUCACGAUCGACGCUAUUCUCCGCGGUGCCGAUCUGCAAGGGAAAGAAAGAGAGGAGUAGCGAGAGGACGCUGGGGGCAAUCCCACCCAAAAUAAUCACGAGGUCCUGUACCAUUGUGGGGGGAUUGGCCUCGGUGAAAGGAGAUCACGAUUGGCAGCAGCAGUAGAGUAGUACUAGAUAGUCCUGGACGAGGCCAGCAACGUCCAAGCGUCGCAGCGUCCUGCAGCAAACUAUUUGCUGGAUGCAAUGCAAUUCAGCGACGCUCGAGAGACCACGUGGUAAAUCCGCCACAUGUCGGGAAGGAAGAGCCGCGGCACGUGAGCACCCCCGCCUUCGCUGGACAGAUGUUGAGCGAAAGCUGCACGUCUGGAGCACUUGCAUGCAGCAGCACGGCCUUUCAACGCCGUUCCUGCCGAGGGCCGGAGAGACCAGAUCCCAGAUCCGUCCCUCGAUCACGCCGGGAGACCUGAACCCAGGAUUCUGUUCCAAUAGCAACGAAGUCUGGAGCUUGUCGAAGCUUAAAGGUGCGCAGGGACGUGUCCAGCAGUUGCUGCGGCAUGCAUGCACAGACCACCUCGCCAUUCUGGGAGCGACCACUUCCAAGGGAAAGAGUACGGUUGCAUCGUCGGCAAUUCUUUGUAGAUUUCCAUUCCAUUCCUUCCUUCCUCCUUCCUCCUACCCCUUCCCACUACAGAUUUACAGCUUUGUGAAGCAUCACUUGCCCGGACCUUUGUUGGUGACUUGCCCGUCUGUUCCUUCUUGCCGCGGCGCGUAAAAACGUAGCGCAAGGGCGAAUAAUCGAAGAAAGGGUGAAGGGAAAAGGAGGAGAGAAAGAGAGGAAGAGAAGAGGAUGUGAGGGUGCAUAACCUAAUACAAUAUGUUGGUGACCAGUGACGACGUGAAUGGCAAGAAAAGAAAAGAAGAGAGAGAAAAGGAAAGAGAGAGAGAGAGAAAGGGAGAGAAAGUGUUGUGCGCAUGUGUGUGACUGAGAAAGAGG